CGCCCGAGCCGCCUGGUGAUUGGGCAGAUAGGUGCGCGCCGUGGUGACGUUCCAACGCAGCAGAGGCGACCGGCAGACGCUUCGCGAGGCGGUCGGCUUGGAAGAGGCAGGAUGAGCAAAGCGCACCCGCCGGAGCUGAAGAAGUUUAUGGACAAGAAGCUAUCAUUAAAACUAAACGGAGGUCGGCAUGUUCAAGGGAUAUUAAGAGGUUUUGAUCCAUUCAUGAAUUUGGUGAUAGAUGAGUGUGUGGAAAUGGCACCUGGUGGACAACAGAACAACAUAGGGAUGGUGGUAAUACGAGGAAACAGCAUUAUUAUGCUGGAAGCCCUGGAACGAGUAUAAAAAAUGAAGUACUGGCUGUUACUGCAGUGUGGGCAAUUUAUUGUUAGUUCUACAGAAUCAUUCCAUGUUUACAUUUUUUUUAAAUAAAUUCUGAAAAGUUGG